UACUAAUUCAAAAUUGUUGCAGGCAGAUUCAAAUGAUUUGAUGCGACAGGCACAGAUAUUUGUUUAUGCAAAUGGGAGCAGUCUUCCUCCGACUGCCAUUGACCUGGACAAAUCAUUAUUGAAGGAGUUGCUGUUCAACCAAAGUCCUGCAAAGGAUGUUGCAUUAGCAUCUGUUUCAAUGAGGCCAAUACCCUUUGCACCAGUUUUGGAGAAGCUUUGUCUUUCAGACAUGAAAUAUGGAACAGUUAGACGGUUUUAUAUAGAAACUCCUGAAGACAAUGCCAUACCCAUUGCACUACAGGAAAGCAUGAUAAACUCAAGUCCCCCAGAAAAGGUUUUCCGUUUAAAAGGUGCUGAUCACUCACCUUUUUUCUCAAAGCCUCAAGCCCUUCACAAGAUAUUGGUAGAGAUUUCUAAGAUGCCUUCAUCUUGAUAGAUUGGUAAUUAGAUGACUUCUUAAGAGUCUGUUGAGAGUUUAAUUGACAUGCUGUAGAAUUGCUGCUCGCAUUAGUCUUCUCUACAACCGGUUAGAAGAGAAGAUUUGGGUGGCUGUAUAAAUGCCUAUACAACAUUAAAUUAUUUGUUGUCUGGUGCUUAGUUCCCAUAAAAAAUGUCAACCAUCUUUAUUAGAGCGCAAAAUUUAACUCCCAUCUCCCCUUUUUUCCCUCUUCUCUUGGUAAGAAGAGAAUGUUCAUAUUUUAUUUAUGGUAGUGAAGUUUCACACUAUCAGAAUUGCAAGAGAGUAACGGAAGUCAUUUUCCUUGGAUCUUGGUUUCCUAUUUUUGAUUGUUGGGAGAGUGUAUUUGAAUUCAAGACCACCAUAAAUUAAAGUAAUGAAUACAGUAAGAUGAUAGCUUGUUCCUUGGUUCUUCA